AUGGCCAUCGUACCAACUUCCAAGCCGCGGGUCGUCUGUCUAGGCGAGCCCAAGUUCGUAGGGCAGGACUACCUUGAGGACUUCCAGACCGAAUUCCAAUACUCUGUUCUGCCCGCCACCAACCGCGCUGAAACGCAGCAGAUGAUCCCCGAGGACAUCAAAAACAACGGCCCAAUUGACGCUUUUAUCAUCCGUAUGGGCACCCCGCCAUACGAGCCUUUCGAUGAAGCCCUACUCAAGGACCUGGUCCCUGACUGCAAAAUCAUCACGUCGGCCAGUGCCGGCUUCAACGAGUUCGAUGUUGACUGGAUGGCCUCGAAAGGUAUCUGGUUUUGCAACACCGUCAACGCUGUUGCAGAGGCUACCGCCGACAUGGCCAUAUUUCUGACCCUGGCCACUCUCAGAAACACCACCAAUGCCGAGAAGAGUGCGCGCAGCGGUGUCUGGAGAGCAGGGGCCGGCUUGGUGCCUGGCCGCGAUCCCGAGGGUUUGACGCUGGGCAUCGUAGGAAUGGGAGCUAUUGGAAAGUACAUGGCCAAAAAGGCUCUAGCCUUCAACAUGAAGAUCAAGUACUACAACCGCCGGCAGCUGCCCGCUGAUGAGGAGACCAAGUACAAUGCAACAUACUGUGCGACGCUGCACGAACUUCUCGGUGCUGCCGACGUAGUGUCGCUCAACUGCCCACUAAACGCCGAGACAGAGAACCUGAUCGGAGCAGCCGAGUUUGCUGCCAUGAAGGACGGCGUGUUUCUAAUCAACACGGCUCGCGGUGCUGUCAUCCACGAGCCCAGCUUCAUCGCCGCGCUUGAGAGCGGCAAAGUGGCUCGCGCAGGGCUCGACGUGUUUGUCAACGAGCCCAAGCCUGACCAGUACUUUUUGCAGAGCGACAAGGUCAUUGUCCAGCCUCACCUGGGCGGCCUGACGGACGUCGCCUUCAAGAAGGCUGAGCGGGAGUGCUUUGAAAACAUCCGCGCGCUCUUCACCAAGGGCAAGCCAAACUCGCCCGUCCGGGAAAUCAAGGGUUAG